AUGAGAAUCCUGCAAAUUAAUACAGCAUCUGGAGUAGCGAAGCUGCUGACAAGGAUUGACGACAUGGUGCUGAUUCCCAAGAAGUCCCGCCGUGCCAUCCUGGAGCACCUCUUCAAGGAAGGCGUCAUGGUCGUGAAGAAGGACUACCAGGCGUGCAAGCACAACGAGCUGGAAGACAUCCCUAACCUGCACGUCAUGAUGGUGCUGCGAUCGCUGGCUUCCCGCAACUACCUGUCGGAGAUCUACAGCUGGCAGUGGCACUACUACACCCUGACCAACGAGGGCAUCGAGUACCUCCGUGAGGUGCUUCAUCUUCCUCAGCAGGUCUUCCCCCAGACCCUGACCAAGCAGCGCCCCACCCGACCAGCCCUGGCUGGCGGUGACGCCGGUGAGGGAGGAGGCAAGGGAAAGGGCAAGGGCAAGGGCGCGUGGAACCGCGGCGAGGAGCCUGUCGUUUGCUUACAGCCAUAUCGAGCCGCCACCGUGCAGGCAGUGGGGAGGGUGAAGGAGCAGCGAGCUCCUUCAGCACCGGUGGGGCAGAGCUCGAACCAGCCGGCAUCGGUGGAUGCUGCCACCGGCAGCUGGGCAGAAGAGGCCGUGGCCCAUGCCCGCACUUUGCUGGGGGACAGGCCGCCUGAGCAAGGUGUCCCGGAGGCAGCUGCGCUACUGUCAACUGUCCUCCUCAGACUCCCAGAGCUUUGGUCUGAGCUGGCUCAGGACACAUUACUCGCCUUCGGGAGCUCUUCCACUGCGGGCGACGCCUCUGACUGUGCCAGGAGCAGAAGUGGAGGACCGGCGUUUGUUGCAGGUCGCGAAGACUUGACUGCGCGAUCGAGGAUGCUCUUCCUGUCAGCCGUGGCAUCUGCCGUCUGCCCCCCCCACGCCAAGGCGGGAGAUGUGCAGUCGCCUGCCGCGGCUUCGGUUGCGCUGCUCUGCCUCCUUGGGGAGGCAGAAUGCGACGAGGGUCGCUUCAUUGCUGCGUUCCACUCCCUGAGACAGGCGGAGGCUCUGGCAAAGCGAGGUGGCGACCUCCAAGGCUGGCCCUCAUGUGUGCGCAGCAGAAGGCGCAACCGGGUGCCGAUCUUUUCUCUGCAAGCCGAUGCGGCGUCUGUUCGUCAUGUGCAGGGCGUGCGGGAAGUUCAUGCGUGCGAGAUGAAUGAAGCCCUCUGUGCGGUUGCCAAGGAGGCAGGAGAUUUUGGAAGGUCUUUGAGCACGGAAUUUGUACUGUUUUCAGGACUUAUGAUGGGAUUCUCAACCUUCGAGGGCUGA